UCUAACAGAUUCAAUAGAUGACAGACGGUGAGAAAUCUGACUCUUUAUUUGAGCUCAUAAACAAGCCAGUGGCUCUCUUGCAGCGUGUCUUGCAGCGUGUUUACCUCCUUCUCUCCCACAGCCAACUGUGUCAGGAUGUCAGGGAACCUCCUGGGGAACUGUUUAUGUAGCUUGCUUGGCGCAGGUGUGUUUAUUGCAGGAUGCACCAUUCUCCUCAUAACAGCCUUCCCAGUUAUGCAGAUCGCUUUAGGUGCAGCGUACAUGUACGAGUGUCCAGCAGCACCAGUCAUCCCAGUGUAUGUGAUGGUGUGUGGGAUCAUGGCCCUGCUGAUGAUGGGCCUGUUUGCUUUGUCAAAACUCUGUCCAGAAGCACCGGGCAACAAGAUCUGGAGUCUGUGGAUCCUCAGCCUGGUCCUGUUCUUCCUCAUCUGGUUCCUCUAUGGCAGUUACCAGGUUUAUUCUGUGUAUCCACCCAGCUACGUCAAGGAUACCAUCGACCCAAACAGCUUCAAUAGCAGCCUCUACACUCCCACUGCACCUGACAACAAGCCCGGCCUCACCACGGAGAACCAGAACCAGAGUAUUCUCCACCAGACCGGUGGAUCGAUCAGUGUCAACCAGACUUUAAGGAAGCUGGUUGAAACAUUGGCCUUCAGCAACAUCAGCAGUCAAAUACACAGAGAACGCCUGAACAAUGCAGUGCCGUACUGUGACAGGACUGUGUACCUCUUUGCUUUCUGGACCACCACGCUGCUCUAUGUGUUCACAGCAAAUGCCCUGGGGAUGAUCAUCUGUUUAUACGGUGUCAUGAAAAUUACUGAUAAGUUUAUAAAACUCCUUGGUAUGUGAACUGAGCUGCAGAGACGUUUAAACUGUCACUCUGUGGUGGGUUUGUAGAAAGGAGUUGGCUCAGUCAUCUUUUGGCUGAGUGAAUAAAUAAGUAAGCUUUGUAAUGAAAUGUUGGGACUUUGUCUGUAAAUACAGUGUGAAGGUCACUCAUAAUUCUGAAUAAGACCCAGUACAAAGCCCCUGUCAUCUCUCCUCUUUUAAUAAUCCUGUUGUAACAACUACUUUAAAGAUCUGUGAUUCUCGAAUGAUGGGAAAUGUAUUAACAGGAGUUAUAAAAGAUUAUUCUUGGUUAUUUUCAUAUCUCUGUUUUCUAUUUUAACAGCAUAGAGAAAAACAUCCUUUUCUUUGUAUUAUAAAUACCCUGCUGUCCCUGAGGUAAAGGAGACCCACUGUGAGAUUUGAUGUGGUACCUGAUGGGAUAAGUUUCAGUUUGAGAUGAAUCCCUGCAUUUAGCAGUUUGGAAACUAUUUAACAUUAUUUAGUUGAUUUUGUUAGUGCUCUUCAAAGUCUCCAAUUUAUAUCUGAACAGAAAACCAAAAAAACUCUACAGUUAUAGCAACAUGUAUUCUGUUUUGAAUAUAAAUGUAUUUAUAUUUAAUAGUCAUUGUGUUUUUAUAUGUGUUUAUGUUCCUGGUCCCUUUCCUGUUCUGUAAAUUGUAUAUUUUUUGUAUGGCUUAAUAUAAAUUGGGCUUUAAUUUAGCUCCAUCUAGUGGAAAACACAUGGAAUUGCAAUAACAAACUGCAGUUUGCCGUUUCUAAGGAAUGCUCUAUGUGAACAUUUUCUGUUUGAGCACUUAGGCUCAGUGUGUGAAUGCAGAUGUAGUGUAAAAGCGCUUUGAGUGGUCGAAAAGACUGGAAAGGUGCUAUACAAAUACAGAGCAUUUACAUGUUCUCAUGUUAAUGUUAUUAAUUAACAUCUAUAUACAUUAUACCAUGUGAAAUGUAUUUUAUUAAUAACAAAUCAAAAUUAUUCUAAUUGUAUUAAUGUGCCAGUAAAUGUUAAAUUUUUAUAUAGA